UUUCGCUUUCAGUCCGUGGCGCUCGAGCGCGGCGGAGCCCCGGGGCGAGGCUCGAGGGCGCGACCGCCAGGGACGCCGGACCCCGCCCGCGCGCGGCCGCGCUCUCCCCCAUGGCGCCCGCCGCCCUCUGGGCAGCGCUGGCCGUGGGGCUGUGCACCGUGCCCGCCCAGGUGGCAUUUGCCCUCUACGUCCCGGAACCCGGAAGCUCAUGCCAGCCGCAAGACUACUUUGACACGGGGGCCCAAGCAUGCUGCAGCCUGUGUCCACCUGGCCACCAUUUACAAUCCUACUGCAACAAGACUUCAGAUACCAAGUGUGCCCCCUGCGAGGACAGCACGUACACCGAGCUCUGGAACCGGGCUUUCCAGUGCUUGAGCUGUGACUCCCGCUGCAGCUCCAACCAAGUGGAAACCCAAGCCUGCACUCGGGAACAGAACCGCAUCUGCACCUGCAGGCCGGGCUGGUACUGCAUGCUGAGGAGGCAGGAGGGGUGCCGGCUGUGUACACCCCUGCGCAAGUGUCGCCCCGGCUUUGGCGUGGCCAAACCAGGAACUGCAACGUCAGACGUCGUGUGUGCUCCCUGUGGCGCAGGGACGUUCUCCGACACUACAUCGCCCACAGAUACUUGCAGGCCCCACCAGAUUUGUCUCUCCGUGUCCAUCCCAGGCAACGCAAGCAUGGAUGCGGUGUGCACAGCUGUGCUCCCCACCAUGAGAAUGGCCCCAGGCUCAGCCCCCACGUCCCAGACAGGAGCCGGGAGCUCCCAACACACGGCCCCAACUCCAGGCCCCAGCAGAGCUCCUAGCACCUUCUUCCUGCUCCCGGUGGGCCCAAGCCCCCCAGUUGAAGGACUCAGCACAGGCAACAUCUCUCUGCCCAUUGGAGUGAUUGCUGGUGUGACAGCCUUCUGUCUGGUACUUAUAGGGCUGGUGAACUGUGUCAUCAUGAUGCAUAAGAAAGAGAAGCCCUUAUGCCUACAAGGAGAAGCCAAGGUGCCUCACCUGCCUGCUGAUAAGGCCCGCGGUGCUCCAGGCUCUGAGCAGCAGCAUCUGCUGACCGCAGCACCGAGCUCCAGCAGCAGCUCCUUGGAGAGCUCCGCCAGCGCUGUGGACAGGAGGGCGCCCUCCAGGAGCCAGCUGCAGGCACCGGGGCCCAAGAAGGCCAGUGGGUCUGGGGAGGCCCGGGCCAGCUCUGGCAGCUCAGAGCCCUCUCUCGGUGGCCACGGGACCCAGGUCAACGUCACCUGCAUCGUGAAUGUUUGUAGCAGCUCUGACCACAGCACCCAGUGCCCCUCCCAGGCCAGCUCCACGACAGGGGAAUCGGACGCCAGUCCCUCAGGCUCCCCGAAGGAUGAGCAGGUCCCCUUCUCCAAGGAGGAAUGCCCUUUUCAGUCCCAGCCGGGGGCACCAGAGACUCUGCUGCAGAGCCCAGAGGAGAAGCCCCUGCCCCUUGGUGUGCCUGAUGCUGGGAUGAAGCACAGUUAACCAGGCUGACAGGGGCCCUACCACCACCAAGGUGGGCUGAUCCCUGGUUGGUCCUUCUAGGCCCUCACCCCCUAGGACUCUGGCUCUUUCUGAGCCAAAUUCCUGUAGUGGCCACGACAGCCUCAGCCUUCCUCUCACCUGCAAGCAGAAGGACGAGGCAGGGAAAGUGAAGGAAAACCCCUCCUGUCAUGGUGUGCAUCUGCUCUGGGAAGCCUGGCUGAACACAGACAUGCUGGGUAGCACGGGCCCAACCCCUGCCUCUCUAAGAGCCACCCUCCAGCUGGUCCUGUGAGCUUGGCUUCUGGAGGCCUUGUUUUUUUAUACCCAGCUCUGGCUUCCUGGGAGGCCCCGCAUCCUGCCUUCCAGAGGGGCCUGCGGAGGAGGAGGGAUGCUGCGUGAGUCUCCCAUGGAGGAGGGGCAGUCAUACGGGGCUGCACUUUAGCCUGAAUGCUGAGACUGCAGGACGGUCCCAGGGGCAGUUUUCAGGGGGAGGGGGGUCAGUGUCAUCAUUCACAUGUUUCUGUGCAGGGAGGGGCUGGCAAGCCCUGCAGAGGACAGGGGCCUUGGGUUAGCUCAGGACCCCGAAAAGCACCACCUCCCAAUCCAUUCCUGCCAGCUCCACGUCUGGCACGUGGUAUAAAAUCAGACACCCAGACAGGCCAGGCACACAACCUGAAUGAGUGCCGUGACCUGGGCAAGAUGGCAAACCUCAAACCGAAAAUCUUCCCAUUUUAACAUAUGGCAAUUGAAAAUAAUAAAAAAAGAGUAAGCACCAUGCAGGCAAACAAAACAACAAAGCCCAACUCAGAGUUUACUUCUUUGCCUUUGACCUUUACUCCAAUUUACCCACAACUUCAGCCCCUCCUCCUCUGUGUCUGGUGUGCUGUUCGGAGGCCACACCUUCUGUCAGGGAAUUGCAAGAACUGGAGAUGCCUGAGGCCCUGCAGCCAUCUCUCUCCUCCUACCUCAGCCUGGACCUUCUUCUGCCUCCUGAAGCGGGGCUCCGGUUUCCCCCGACCCCCAGGCCCUCCCUCUGGUCCUGGAGUGCCAGGCUCCAGGGUGUCCGUGGGGCCACUUUGGUAUUCGACCUGCGGCCAUGCUGAGUGGAUGUGAUAUGCUGAGUCAGUCUGUGUCUGUGUCAUACGUUGUGGGUCCGUGUAGCCAUGUUGUUGUGUUGAAUGGCCUGCCUGAAGCAGCUGUAGCCAACAAUUUCGCCAAAGGGUUCUUCUCCGUUGAUGAGUCAGCCCACUACUCCCCAACACAUGCCCUGCAGAGGGCGGGUAAGUGUGGCCUGAAGCAGAUUCUGGAAGGAAGGGGGAUGGGGACUCCUUGAGAAGUCAGAUGGGUCUCAGGUACUUGGAUCCCUUGUUGAAAAAUUCCAGUGGACUUGAACUUGGCAGCUGAACUUUUGGAGGGUAGGAAAGUCCAGCUGUUACUGUGAAUUAAAAAAAAAGCUUCCAUGCUGGAAUCAGGAUGUCCCACUGCCUGAUGGGCUAGGGUCUCCGCCCACUCUGGGCCCAGCAGGCGAUGAAACACGUCUGCCCCCUGUGGGAGGACCUCAGGCCUCCUCGCCACAAAUUGGAAGGAGAUCCUUUCUGGUUGUGGCCUCUGUUCCCCGGCUUGUGUUGAUUGCACAGUUUCCACUGUAUACUGGACAUGAUUCUUGCUUAUAAAUAAACCUUUGUUUAUUUUA